AUGGACCCUCUCGACGUGGACCCGGACUCCGAAUCGUACGACUGCCUAGACGAAGUGUUGCAACUAUUCCGUGCGAAUACAUUCUUCCGAAACUUCGAGAUCAAAGGGCCUGCCGACCGCCUGUUGAUAUACGGAAUCUUAUUCGUGUCUGACUGCCUGACCAAAGUGAAACCGCACAUGGACUCGAAGAGCGCGGAGAAGGCCCUCAUCAACGGCGCCCUUGAGCAGUUCAGCAUUCCCGGCGAGCCGGGCUUCCCGCUUAACCAAGCAUUCGAGGCGCCGAGAGACAGGAAUGAAGCAGAAGCACUGAGAAGUUAUCUUUCACAGGUGCGGCAGGAGCUGGCUAUGCGGUUGCAUGGGAGAUUGUAUCAAGGAGGGGUUGGGCCGAGUAAAUGGUGGUUGAGCUUCUCAAAGAGAAAAUUCAUGGGAAAGAGCUUAUAA